AAAUUUAAAAAUUCACUAAUGAACUUUCGGGCCAAGGCAGUUCAAAUGUACCCUGGAAGGUCUUCAGAUGAGGGUUUACCAGCAGGGAAACCCCUCAUUACCUCGGUCUAGUAUUUGUCGCCUCUCCAGCUGUUUUCCUAGUUUUGUGUACACUAUUGUUUAGGAUCAGGUAGCCAGAUACCUCGUCGAGGGUUGAAAAGUGCCCGAGGUCUGGUGGUCCGUGCAAAUGCAUUUGAAACUCGUCCCCUGACUGGCUUCAAUCAAUUUUAGGCUCAGUUGCUCGCCAGCAUCAGGUUCACAAUGACCUCCGAUUCCACGCUAUACUUCACCGCCGUCGAGGAUAUGUUCAAGGAAGUGUUAACAAUAGAGGACGAGGACGAGGUUCCUGAGAACGAGGAGGCAUCCGAAACUCCAAAACGCUAUGUGCGCUUGCGGCAGCAAAAGUUGUUUGCGAAUGACUCCAGUAGUUUUGUAAUAAGUCGUCGAUCCCCAAAGACUGAACCUAACAGCCUCAAAUUGAAUAUAUCGCCUAGAAGGCUCAAGGAGCUCCGCGGUGAAGAAAUACUCCGAAUGCGCAAAGAUCGGGCGGAAAAGGAACGCAUGAAACCCCAGAGACGACUUACCUUAAGGAUUUAAUUUCAUCGAUCGACUUUCUUUAUACUUUGUUAUCCAAUCGAAGUGCUUCCCCAUUGUAUGCUUUACUUUAAGAGUUAUUUUUAAGUUCUUCCAAGUAUGCUGUGGUUACUUAUGACUGGCAGACCGUCGAGAUCUAUGGUUUUGUGAUUUUAGUGUUUCGUAUUUUGUGCCAUUAAUAAAA